AUGGGAUUCAUUGCUGAAGGAAACACAUUAGUUUGGGAAGAUGCCCAAAAGUACGCUGAAUAUAUUCGUCAACAUGGUAUUAUACAAUUAAUUAAUAUUUGGAAUGCCAACAAAGAUCGUAUGAAUGACGGAUUUAAAUGGGGUGACGAAGUUGAAUAUAUUUUAUUGAAUAUCGACGAGUCUACCAAGCAAGUUAAAUUAUCACUUCGUGGUCAUGAAGUUUUACACGAUCUAAUGCAAAAAGAAAAGAUGGACCCAAAUAAUGUAGAUUUCUUGUGGAGACCAGAAUACGGUAGAUUCAUGAUUGAAGGUACACCGGGACAACCAUACCAAGGAUUGGGUAGACAAUUAUUAUCGAUCGAAGAUAGUUUAGUCAAGAGACGUCAAGAAAUUACAGCAAACCUCAAACCAAACGAACGAAUUGUAACAUUAUCAGCAUAUCCAAGAAUGGGUACAUUAGAUUUCACAGUGCCAGAUGCACAUCCAAAGGGCGUUGUUGCCGAGUCACAAUUCCUUCCAGAUCAAGUGAUCAAUCCACAUUUCAGAUUCAGUACACUCACAGCCAACAUUAGAAAGAGACGUGGUAAGAAUGUAUCGAUCAAUAUUCCAAUGUUUAAAGAUAUCAAUACACCAGCCCACUUGGAUCAAAUGACUUUUAUUUCACCAUCAAAGGGUCUCACCGAUCCGUAUAACCAGCCAUAUAAUAUCUAUAUGGAUGCAAUGGGCUUUGGCAUGGGUAACUGUUGUCUGCAGACGACGUUCCAACUCUCCAAUAUCGAAGAAGCCAGAAGUGUAUACGAUCACCUCGCUGUCAUGGCACCAAUCAUGCUGUCACUCACCGCAUCAAGUGCAAUCUUUAAGGGAUACCUCUCGGACAUCGACGCCAGAUGGACCGUCAUUUCACAAUCGGUAGAUGAUCGUACUGAAGAGGAGUACGGAUUCAGGCCACUCCAAAACAGCAAAUAUGUAAUCAAUAAGUCCAGAUACGACUCGAUCGACAGUUUCUUGUCAAGAGGAACAACAUUGCGUCCAGAGUACAACGAUCUACCAUUGGUUUACGAUAAGGACAGUUAUAACACUUUGAUUGCCUCUGGUAUGGACGAGAUUCUCGCCAGACAUUUCGCUCAUUUGUUUAUUCGUGAUCCAUUGGUAAUCUACUCUGACAAGAUCGAGAUUGACGACCAAAAGAACAGUGACCACUUUGAGAACAUUCAAUCGACCAAUUGGCAAACCGUACGUUUCAAACCACCUCCCCCAAGCUCAUCGAUUGGUUGGCGUGUAGAGUUCCGUCCAAUGGAAGUCCAACUUACAGAUUUCGAAAAUGCUGCCUAUAUUGUAUUUGUUUCCAUUCUCUUGCGUGCCAUCUCUGACCUUAAACUGAACUUUUAUGUUCCAAUCACAAAGGUUGAUGAGAAUAUGAAAACUGCUCACAAACGUGGAUCAGUUACAAAUGAAAAGUUCUAUUUCCGUAAAAAUAUAAUUAAUUCAUCACCAAACGGACCAGUUGAUAGUGAAUAUGAAAUGAUGACAAUCGACGAGAUCUUUAAUGGCAAGAAGAAUGGUGAAUUUGAAGGUGUUCUUAGUAUAUUGAAGAGAUACGUUUCCAAGUUAAACUUUGAUUUCGAAACAACUACUUUGGUCAACAAGUACAUUUCAUUCAUAUCAAAGCGUGCCUCUGGUGAAUUGCAAACAAUGUCAACAUGGACUCGUGAGUUUGUGCAGAAUCACAAGGCCUACAAGCAUGACUCUGUUGUUUCACAAGAGAUACAAGAUGAUCUCAUUCAACGUUGUAUUGCUAUUUCUGAAGGUGUCGUUCAAGAGCCAAAGCUUUUGGGUGAUUUCUACUAG